AUGGCGAGGAUCCAGCUCUACGUCGCCGCGGCCUGCGCCGUGGUCCUCGCGCUCGCCGCCCCGGCUCUCGCCGGCGACCCCGACAUGCUCCAGGACAACCCGCCGCACACGCACCCGCGCGCCACCGAGAUCAUCUUCGUCCUCGAGGGCACGCUCGAGGUCGGCUUCAUCACCACCGCCAACAAGCUCUUCACCAAGACCCUCACCAUGGGGGACGUCUUCGUCUUCCCGCGCGGCCUCGUCCACUUCCAGCAGAACAGGGGGUACGGCCCCGCCGCCGUCGUCGCCGGCUUCAACAGCCAGCUCCAGGGCACGCAGCAAAUCGCCAUGACGCUCUUCGGCGCCACGCCGCCCGUGCCCACCGACAUCCUCGCCAAGGCCUUCCAGAUCGGCAACGGGGAGGUGGAGCACAUCAAGGCAAACUUCGCGCCCAAGUAG